AUGGCAGCUCUCUCAACCCUCAACCCAACACAGCUCCGAGUUCUAACUCACUCCAUCCUCAACCUCUCUUGUCACCAUCUUCACCGUCUCUCCUCCAUCCUCUCCUCUCCGUCUCUCUUCUCUCUAACCAUCCACCAUCUCAUCUCCCUCUCUCCCUCCUCCAAAUCUCUUCUCAUCGCUCGCCACCUCCUCUCCCUCCUCCGCCUCCUUCUUCUCCACUUCCACCCCCAAGAUCGGCCGCAUCUCUCCUCCGGACCUCCCGCCAUCAAACUCCGAGACCUUGAUGCCGUCUUGCUCUUGCUCUUCAUCUGUGAAACCCACCAUCACCACCCACAAACCCUUCUGGCCGGUGACCCAUCUGAGUGGCGCGAAAGCUUGAGUAAAACCUUCUCCCACGCCAUGUUAAGUAAUUUGUCUGAAAUUGGGGGAUACAAUGGUGGAGUGUUGAUUACUUAUGCUGAGACGGUGAGUAGGUGUUUGAGAUUUGUUAGGAUGGUUGAUAGUUGUAGUGGUGGCCGGAUGGAGCGGAAAGAGGCUGCAGCGUCGCCGGCGACGGUGGUGGGAUUACCGACAGUGGAG